AUGAAGCUUUUAGUGACGCUUGUAGCAUCUGCCAUAUGGCUUGUGCCAGGCGUGGAGUCUUUUUACCUACCGGGCGUUGCUCCUACCACAUACCAUGAAGGUGAGGAAAUUCCACUACUGGUUAAUCACUUAACACCGUCAGUGUAUUUCCAACAUAGAGACGGAGAUGACAAUGAUAUUGGUGAUAAGGAAUCCUUUCUGUACUCAUACGACUAUUACUACGACAAAUUACAUUUUUGUCGGCCCGAGAAACUGGAGAAGCAGCGGGAAUCGUUGGGCUCUAUCAUCUUCGGAGACCGUAUUUACAAUUCUCCGUUCAAAAUCGAGAUGUUGAAAAAUCAAGAGUGUGUUCCGCUCUGCAGUCAAACUAUUCCAGCUGACGACGCGAAAUUUGUGAAUAAGCUGAUCUACAACGGAUUUUUCCAGAAUUGGCUCGUGGAUGGGCUUCCAGCAGCUCGCAAAACGCACGACCAAAGAACUAAAACAGAUUUCUAUACCCCAGGUUUUGAUUUGGGUUUGGUAGAUGUGGGUGGAUCCACGCUAAGAAUGAAUGGCCAAGGGCAGGAUGAAUCUCAAUCGGAUUCGGAAUCCCAUACUAAGCCGGUAGCCGAAGAAGACUACCUUGAAAGGCCUUCUUCAAAUGAACUCGUUAAAAGAAAAAAUGUAUUGGACCCCGAAAAAAUGGUUAAGCAAUUAGAAACGCCUUACUUCGUCAACCACUUUGAUAUUAAUAUCGAAUACCACGAUCGAGGCAAUGGUGAUUACAGAGUCGUCGGGGUUAUAGUGAACCCUGUAUCUAUAAAGAAAUCUUCGCCCGAGUCAUGCGCUCUAACCGGUGAACUUUUGGAACUGUCGGAGGAAAAUGAAACUGUCGUCGAUUUUUCGUAUUCAGUCAAUUUCAUUCCUUCUGCGACAGUGUGGGCAACCAGAUGGGACAAGUAUUUGCACGUUUAUGAUCCAAAGAUUCAAUGGUAUUCUUUGGUUAACUUUUCUUUGGUUGUUAUCUUGUUGUCCUCGGUAAUGAUACACAGUUUGUACCGCACGUUGAGGGAUGACUUGUCACGUUACAAUCAGUUGAACUUAGAUGAUGACUUUCAAGAGGAAACUGGCUGGAAACUUGUACAUGGCGACGUUUUCCGUAGCCCCAGAAAAUCCAUGCUACUAUCUGUUCUCAUUGGUUCCGGUGCUCAAUUAUUUUUGAUGGCCAGUUGUACUAUCGUGUUUGCUCUAAUGGGACUGUUAUCCCCUUCAUCCCGUGGAUCCUUAACUACUGUAAUGUUUAUGUUGUAUGCGUUGUUUGGUUCUUUCGGCUCCUAUACAUCCAUGGCGACUUACAAAUUUUUUGGCGGCGAUUAUUGGAAGGUUAACAUGCUGUUGUCUCCUCUGCUAAUUCCCGGUUCAAUUUUCUGUGUCAUGUUGGGACUUAACUUCUUCCUAAUUUUUGUCGAGUCCGCGGGCGCCAUCCCAUUUGGAACCAUGUGUGUAAUUGUGGUGCUGUGGUUUUUGUUUUCUAUCCCAUUGUCCGCCGCAGGAUCACUGAUCGCCCGGAAAAAAUGCCAGUGGGACAUUCAUCCCACCAAAACUAAACAGAUUCCAAGACAAAUACCUUUCCAACCUUGGUACUUGAAGACCAUACCUGCUGCUUUGAUUGCCGGCAUCUUCCCCUUCGGCUCCAUUGCUGUGGAAUUGUAUUUCAUAUAUUCCAGUUUAUGGUUCAACAAGAUUUUCUACAUGUUUGGGUUUCUCUUCGUGUCAUUCCUGCUCCUAACUCUCACAACUUCUCUCGUCACUGUGCUGCUCACAUAUUAUUCGCUCUGCUUGGAAAACUGGAAGUGGCAGUGGAGAGGGUUUUGGAUUGGCGGGGCUGGUUGUGCUUUCUACAUUUUUGUUCAUUCCAUUCUGUUCACGAAAUUUAGAUUGGGCGGGCUAACUACUAUUGUGCUUUACUUGGGCUACUCUUUGUUAAUAUCGCUCUUGUCAUGCUUGAUCACUGGUACUAUCGGUUUCCUCAGCAGCUUGUGGUUUGUAAAAAGAAUCUACUCAUCCAUCAAAGUUGAUUAA